GACGCCAUUCUAGCGCUGGACAGCAAGGUGCGGGACGCGGAGAAGGUGGACGCUCUGCUGAAGCCGUCUGCUCAAACAGCGCUCACUCACUCUCGUGCCUUCCUCUCCCUCCACCCCUCUCCUCAGGACGCCAUUCUAGCGCUGGACAGCAAGGUGCUGGACGCGGAGAAGGUGGACGCUCUGCUGAAGCCGUCUGCUCAAACAGCGCUCACUCACUCUCGUGCCUUCCUCUCCCUCCACCCCUCUCCUCAGGACGCCAUUCUAGCGCUGGACAGCAAGGUGCUGGACGCGGAGAAGGUGGACGCUCUGCUCAAGUUCUGCCCCGCCAAGGAAGAAGCGGAGAUGCUCAAGCUCCGAACAGGUGCUGAUGGGGAGAAGGUGGAUGCUCUGCUCAAGUUCUGCCCCGCCAAGGAAGAAGCGGAGAUGCUCAAGGUGCGUGGCAGCUGGGUGGGGAGGGAAGGAAAGGGCUGUCUGUGGCAUGCCUCCAAAGAAGCUGGGCAAGGCUGUGGCAUGCCUCCGGAGAAGCUGGGCAAGUGCGAGCAGUUCAUCCUGGAGAUGCUGCGAGCGUCGGCUGUGGCAUGCCCCCGGAGAAGCUGGGCAAGGCUGUGGCAUGCCUCCGGAGAAGCUGGGCAAGUGCGAGCAGUUCUUAUCUGUCUCUCCUUCCUCUCUCCCCUUCCCAUUGUGCCCUCCUAUCCACUGCUAUUCCUCCCAUCCCCCAUCCCCCAGGGCUGUGGCAUGCCGCCGGAGAAGCUGGGCAAGUGCGAGCAGUUCUUCCUGGAGAUGCUGCGAGCGCCGCGUAUCGAAGCCAAGUUGAAGAUCUUUGAGUUCAAGCUGUCGUACGACCAGCAGUGGUGUAUGGAAGCCAAGCUGCGGAUCUUUGAGUUCAAGUUGCCGUAUGACCAGCAGGUGAGGGGAGUGCCACGUGGCAUUUGCUUCAUGCGUGUCUCAUCACGUGCGUCGGUUGAGGGCUUGCUGGCAAGUGGUAAAGAGACAGGCAGCACAAGUGUUCCAGCAGCAGGCUUCAGAAGUGCUGGUAAAGUCAAGGACGUGCAGCGCAAUCUGGAUCUGGUCCACAAUGCGU